GUCGCCAUUUUUUAAAAUCAUUUUUGCGAAGCUUUUCUUUUCCUCCUUGACCUGUUUCUGAAAUUUGAGCCUUUAGAGUUUCGACCUUUGGCAGUGGGGAUUAGUAACAGCGACCGCUUAGAUUUUUCUCAAUGGAAGACAUCUUCCCUCUCGAGGCGACCGAAGGAGAGGAACAUAUUUCUAGUUUGCUUUGUAUUAUUUCACUGUCCAACGACGAUCCAGUGGCAUCCGAUAGGCGUGCUCACCCGCACGGUAUCUAUCGAAGCGGGCAUCCGGUCUGUCAGCUAUAACCCGUAAGAUUUUUAGGGGUGGCACUAGGGUUUUCUGGACCGCUUGGGAAGAGAAGCCGUCGCAUUGCCACCCCAUCUCCGCAGCAACGGGUGGGGGGUAAAGGUGUGAUUCAUGGCGUCAACAAGAAGAGGUUGAUAACCACGCGAUAUCAGCAAUAAGACUUGGGUUUGUCUGGUUACUCCGUUGACUGUGUACCACUAUAACCCUGGUCAUUCAUCAUGGGUACGGUCCUGUCGCUGUCUCCCAGUUACCGUAAGGCGGCCUUGUUUGAGGAUGGCCCUGCUUCUGUGGGCCACUACACAGCUGUCCAGAACAGCAAAAAUGCCAAGGAUGCUGCCGCAGCCAAGUCCCUCAAACGCCCCUCCAUCAUCAAUGUGUUGCCAUGGAAACGCAUCGUGGCAGUGUCGGCGAAGAGGAAGGGCUCUAAAAAGCUUCAGUCUGAAGGAAUGGAUGCUGGGAAGUGUAGUUCUCCAGAAGGUCAUGCUGCAGGUGCUGCUAACUCAGCUUCCAACAGUCUGAAGCUAAAGAAGUCCCAGUCGUGUGCUAACUUGUCAUCAUAUACAUCGACCCAUGACCCUUCUGCCAGUACCACUACCUCUUCCCACCUGCCCACCUCCAAAACACUGGCCAAUGUCACUACCGUUGUGGCCAAGAAAAACUCCCUCACAGGUUCAGGGCUUCAGCCUUCUACAGCCACUGGAACACCCAAACGGGUCAUAGUUCAGGCCUCCACCAGUGAGCUGAUGCGUAGUUUAGGAGAGUUCCUUUGCCGUCGGUGUUACCGUUUGAAGCGCCUGUCUCCCACUGACCCGGUGCUGUGGCUGCGCUCGGUGGACCGCUCACUGCUGCUGCAGGGCUGGCAGGACCAGGGAUUCAUCACUCCUGCCAACGUGGUCUUCCUCUACAUGCUUUGCCGAGACGUGGUGUCUCCAGAGGUAGGCUCAGAGCGCGAACUGCAGGCCUCGCUGCUCACCUGUCUCUACCUGUCCUACUCCUACAUGGGAAACGAGAUCUCCUACCCUCUCAAGCCCUUCCUGGUGGAGGCCGAGAAGGAGGCCUUCUGGGACCGCUGCCUAGAUAUCAUCAACCGAAUGAGUGGCAAGAUGCUGCAGAUCAAUACUGACCCACACUUCUUCACCCAAGUGUUUGCUGACCUGAAGAACGAGAGUAAGAAGGAGGAGGAGAAGACCAAGCUCCUGAUAGGCCUGGACCGAUAAAUGGCUUCUGUGUGUGUGUGUGUGUGGGGGGGGGGUGUAUGUGGAGGAGGGGGGAAGGGGGGAAAAUGAUGGCUACUAAGGUGAUGGUUUUGCCCAGGUCUAAAAACACAGUAUGUAGUACAUUCUAAAUUGUGUAAAUCUUGUCCAACAAAAGUUGAAUGGACAAAAUAAAAUGAAUGCCUUGUUUGUGUGACAGUAAAAGUUGAAAAGUUUUCUAAGAACUAUUAGCGUUAAUAUUUAAAACAUGGCAGUAGAGUAAAUAAACAUGUUAACACACUGUACAAUUUUAAGGCAAAAAGUGCUUACACAGUCAUCAGAGCAAACCUGGCUGUUGUCUGACAUUUCUGCCAAAUUAACUGUUUGUUACCACAAAAACACAUGUUUUGGGUACCAACAAUAGCUUUCUGUGAAUAUAUUGGAUACACAAUUUAAGAAGGUAGGUUUGGGUUUAGGUGGAUUUAUUGUCAAAAUGUAAUUAUUUAAAGACAAAAGUGCCAAAUAUAUCAGUUGUUUAUGGAGUAGUAAAUAAGAUAUUGAACAAUUAUAAUGAACUUACAAGAACAUCUAAAAUAUCACAGAAGUCAUGGAGUAGCUCGGGUCAAGCCAAUUGAUUGUGACUCCAAGCUAACUGAAUGGUUUCCACUAUUGAUGCUUUGUGGUCUGACUCUGUCAUACAAACAAAACAAAAAUGCAAAGUUUAAAAUCAGACAAACCAGAUGUGUUCAUGGGCAGAGUGAAUGGUUGGUUAUUAUGAAGGCCUAGCUGCUGUGCCCAAACUAAAGUAUUUAGCAUGAAGUCACAUAUAUUUUGCACAUGGCCACCUAUUUAUUGCCAAUAGCUACUUAAUAUAUUGUACCAAACUGUAUUGCACUCUCCAACACCAGCUGAUGAGAGAUACACAGUAUAAGCUUGAAAAUAUGACACGACUGAGCACUGAAUCCAAAUAAUGUAAUUAUAGUUGUUUGAAUGGUUUACAGAGACUUGUUGGAGAGCCUUUUAGCACAUCAAUAAUAACUGAUGAUAACAAGCCUUGAUAAAGUUUACAAAAUAAGUUGAAAUUGCAAUAAUAGAAGACAUCUCUGUAACUCAAGCCAACCUUUCCAAAAAUAGAUAUUGUGUAUUGACAAAAAGAGUUUUUGUCAUUGAAAAUUAGAUAUGUGCAAACUACACUUUACAGUUACAGUAAAUAUACAAUUAUAAUUGUAGUUCAAAACUUAACUACAAUUUUGAUAAAGGAGAUCCAUAUAGUCAAUAAUCAAUAUUCCAGAAUGUCUUAGUUACUUGGAAUUUGUGCUUCCUGCACAUUUUUCUCAUGCUAUAUAUUAGUUUGACAGAUUUGCAGUGAAUUAAUGUGGUGAGAGAGAGAUGGGCAGGAGACAGGGACUGCAAACAUCGGAACACGAGAAAACUUAUGAGAGGAAGAUUCUGCACAUGUGCAUUUAAAUGUUGUCUUGGGAGCCCCUGCUGCAGUUUGCUUCUUCUGUUGGCUCACAGUAGUUAAAGCCAGACUGUGGCCUCUCACUCCUCUGAUGGAGGUCAAACUCAGAAACUCUGCCUCAUACAUGCAUGUAUGCUUCUCCAGAUCCCAGCAUGCUGCUUACUCCACAGACUGAGCAGUUAUGCUCUACAACUGAAGAUCACAAGAUGUCUAUGAAGAACUAUCUAAGGAAUAUCUAAUAUAAAAACUCUAAAUGAACUAGUGCAGUAUUGCGGCUGUAUUGAUCAAAAGAAAACAUCACAUCACUGAUCUAAUAGACUUUUCUAAAGCUCUACCUUCCAAGGGCAGAGAUUCUGUGCCAUAUUAUUCAAAAGACUGAUCAUUUCAUGUAUUGGAAAAUAUGAGAAAACUGGAAAUGUCUGUCCUGAACAAGAGCUUGGACUCGGAGAAAAACCUGACUUUACUUUUUCAGUAUUGCUUUGUUACAGACAGAACUAUCACAUGGAAAGCUUACGUAUUUGUAUAUUACAUUGCAAAAUUAUGUCAACCAAAACUCAAUAUUCUCUCAGCAACUUUUUUUUUUUUAAUUUCUUAACCCAGAAACAACCCAUGAGAAACAAGUAAAAGUUAAAAAAUUCUUGUUAUAAUAAACCAUAUGACUUCUAUCGUAGUUUCAAUCAGACACAAGUGUUUUAUACAACCUUAUUUUGGUUUCAUCAGUGAACUGCAGUGUAGUCUAACUACACUGAACAGCUCCUCAGAGAAACAUGAACUCCGCUCACUCACAAGACACAGAACACAUAGAACACAUAGAUCAAGUUCUACUAAUCAAAUACAUGCACUGCGUCCCAAAAGCACACGUUUUCUUUUGAACUUUUACUUGCUGGCUGUUGAUUGCCUGGAUGACUCAUUGAGCCUGUUUUGAACAGGCUCAAUGAAUGAUUGAUAAUUGGUACCAUGCUAUAACACUAUAUGUAGCCUUGAUGCAGAUCCACACCUCAUAAGACAAAUAUGCAUAAGAAUAACUAGCUCGGUUUAAUGAGUUUGACUGCAGUAGCAAGAAUAGCUGUUUUAUUUUGAGUUACUGAAUUCAGAUCUUGCAGAAAUGAACAUUUGGGUUUUUUUUGUUUUUUAAUUGUAUUGUAUGGGGUAUGCAGUCUCUACGCACAUCUUAAUACCAUUAUUUUAUACUAUAUUUAUUACGAAAAGCAUGUUCAAUAAUCACAUAGCAUUUUGAUUAUGUUAUUUUGAUAUGCUAAUUGUCUGUAAUUCUCUUCUUGUUUUAUUAUGUGCCCCAUCAAUCACACAUACUUUAAUACAAUACUUCUACUAAAUUUCAGAAAGAAAAACAUAGUGUCCCAAACAACCCAAUAAAAAAAAAAUCCUAAUCUAGGACUUCAAAAUGUGAAAAAAAUAUGCUAUAACAGUGUCAUUGAGUCUGUUUUAGCCUUGCAAGUUUUUUUCUGAGGUGUAUUGCAAUGAUAUCAACAUCAUGUCAGGAACUGUCUUGAAUGUGAAAAUACGUAACGGUUACAUCUAUGCCCCCUUUUCACUUAUAGCUUGACCAUAAUGGUAUUUCCCACACGGUGUUGAGUUUGGAAAGACACACAUGUAUUUAUCUGUGAGACAAAAGGUCUGAAAAUGAGCCAACUUUGCUUCCUUGUGCUGGUAUGCAAAAGUGAAGGACUGAAUCGAGGAGAUCCUGCUGCCACCACCUCAAAACUAUGUGCCAUAUUUUAUCUUGUAAGAACUAUUGUGUAACAUACAGAGCCUAUGAUAAAGAGGUUAUUACAGUUUUCUUCUUUUUCAUGUGUGAAUCAUAUGUAAAUUGGAAAUGUUGAACAAACAUUAAGGCCAUUAGUGUCUCUGGAGUGCCCAUGCUGCAGUCUAUGUGGAUGUAUGAAAUAUGUAUGUGAGAUACGUAUAAGAACUAUUGUUCUACUGUUACAAGUACUUUAUAUAAAAACUGAACAAC